AUGAACUUGGUCGCGAUGAACGAUAAGGAUGAGAUCUAUGAGGAUCCUGAGUCUACUGAGGAUGAUGAAAGUGAGGACUCGGAUGAUAUGGCUGCGAGUGUGGAGGCAGCAGUGAAGCAGGAAGAGGAGAUAGUGAUCACGGAGGCAGCAGCAGUAAACGAUGGAGAUGGAGACGAUGUCAACACUUUUGUAGCAGCGAUCGUGGUUGAAGAUGAAGCAGUAAAUGCGAAGUGUGUGGGAGUUGAAGCUGUGAAAGGGGACAUCAUGGUGAAAGGAUCAAAGGCGAAUGCAACUGCAAAGGGGCAAGUGCUUAAGGAGGAUGAACGCGUUGAAGGGUACGAGACCCGAGAGGUGUUGGGUGGAAAGAUGCCGAGGAGAAGCGAGAGGCAUAAGAAAAUCUCUCAAGGUUUGGAUGUCAAGGCGCUCAACUUCAAGACACGUAAGCAGAGGUUCAAGGUGCAGGAGCUGCAGGGGAGCUGCCAGGACCAAACUCGAGACUCCAAGCUCGUCCUACUAGUGGGGCGCGCAUCGAACCGUGUGGAGAGAACGGCGAGAUGCGGCGGAAUAUCGACCUUGCGGCUGGUGUUGGGGAAGAAAGGCGCCGCGCCUUCCGCGCAAAUGAAGCCGACUGCUUCGAAACAGACUGCCUGA